AUCGCUGUUUCCCUACAUAUGCAGAUAUAUGUAUGUAUAUGUUUGCGCGCAUUUAAGUAGUCCUUUUUCUAAUUUCCGCUGUUUGCUACCUGCAAUUAAGAAUUCUACUUGCGGUAAUCCUCAGUUGUGUUUUGCUAUAUUUACCCGCAAAACUGCAUUCAGUAUAGAAAGAACAGUGCAUUGUGAAGGUUUCAUGCGCGCGAAAAUUCAAAAUUCAAAAAAAAAAAAAAAAAAAAAGGAUAUGUCACAACGUAAUUUUUUUUUGUUAAUACUAAUAUUUGCUAGUUACUUAGCACUGACUUUGCCGCAGGAGAGAAAUCCCCCAGAUGAAAUGGCUCAACUGGCGGACUUACUGGGGCUUGGACCGGCUAGUGUACGACUUAAGAGACAACCAUCGUUGAGCAAUUCAGCAGCAAAAUUUUUGCUUGAAGUCUACAAACAAAUCAGUGACGAAGAUGAGGAGAAUUUGCCUCAAGUUGUGCAGCAGGUGCAUAAAACACGAUAUAGACGGGCACUGGCUGAUGAAAGUUUCAUUACACCUUUCGAUCGCAGAGAGAUUGAGUUAAGCAAUAAUAUAAUCACAUUUGCAAGUAGAGGAACAACGCUUAAAACGAGCUCUGCCCUUUUGGGUGAUAUGUUGUUGAAUUUCAAUUUGAAUGAUAUACCAAUCGAUCUGGAGCUAGCACAUGCCGCCAUACGUCUGUUCCAAGAUCCACAACUGGGCGAAUACGCCAUGGCAAGCACGCGAAACUAUACCAUCUACGCCUAUCAACCUGUCGGCGAUUAUUUGCUAUUGGUCGGUGCUGAAAAUGCCACCACCAGCUUUAAAGGUUGGCUGGAAUUGAAUGUGACAAACCUAUUCAAUCAAUGGCUUCGUCUACGUACACUGAAACAAAUAAUUUACGGUAAUGAUUUACUUAUUGGUGUUAUAAUGCAAACAACAACUGCUAGCGGUGGCAUUAAACUACAUCAAGUGGCAGCAAGUGAUGUGGGUUUAGUGAGCGUACAUACGCAUCCGACCCUACUCGAGCUGCAACCCUUCAUUAUCGGUUACUUCAAUGGUCCAGAUUUGAUGUCAAAAAUGCAACGGCGUGCCAGGCAACAGAAGAGGCGUCAACGUCAUGCUGACUCAUUUCGAAAUUUGCCACCUUCAUUGCAGCAUACAGUCAACCGGGAAGCGAUGGAAGAACCUAAGGCUUGCGAGCGACGUAAUUUCACCUUGGAUUUUAAAUAUUUAGGCAUGGAAAAGUCAGUGAUUGCACCAAAGGCCUUUGAAGCUUUCUAUUGCUUAGGUGAAUGUAAUUUCCCCUUGGGCACACCAAUGAACAAUGCUACCAAUCAUGCAAUUGUGCAAACGCUGAUGCAUUUGAAGCGUACAAAUUUACCAAAACCAUGUUGCGUGCCAAUCAAGUUGGCCUCCAUAUCCAUAUUGUAUUCGGUGAAUGAAGAUAGCGUUAAUUUGAUGCGUUUCUCGCAAAUUGUCGCUAAGGAGUGUGGUUGUCGUUGACGAUAAGUCGUGGUGAUGAUGGCGAGAAGGGCGAAGAGUUUUGAAAAGAUGCUAGAAAAUGUUUAGAUAUACAUAUAUACAAAUUUUAAUAACGAGUACAAAUGCGAAUACAAACAUAUUCAUAUUUUAAAUUAU